AUGGGCUGGGGGGUGGUCUUUGCUGCGGUGAUGGUGGGGGCGUGGGGGCACCCUGUGAUGCAUUCGGAUGGGAAUGGCAAUCUGUGGAUCAACAGUUCGCAGGAAGUGGAUGGGGCGAGCGUUUUCUUGAACGGGGUCGACGUGGUGGAGGCGCUCGAUUGGGCGCGCCAGACCAUCGUCGCUUUGGGGGGCCAGGUGAAUGAUUUGGAGAUCCGGCCGGCGGAAACGUUUGCUGUCAAGCCCGCGAUUGUUGUCAACCAGUGCGGCGAUCUCGUCUUGAAUAGCUCACACGCGCAAAGUAUUUUUUUCAACGGCAUCGAUUUGUUGGCCGAGCUGGCCGCGCUUCAGCAGGCCGCUGCCGCCGUGCAGGCGGCUGGAUCGUCCGUCGGACCUGCUACGACGGACGCGCCGUCCACCUGUGCAACAGUGGGCGAUACAAGCUCGCGCGACUCGAUCACAACCGAUCACAGCGGUAACCUCUACAUCCGCGCCGCAGGCACGAGCCGCAUUUGGAUCAAUGGCGUCAAUUUCCUUCGCGAGCUGCAAGACCUGAAACAGCUCGUGGCCGUGCUCGAACCCGUCACAACCACAACACAGGGGCCCAUCGUCCACCCCAACUCUAUUGGUUGUAAUCUGACCUCUGUUCCGUCUAGCGUGACCACGAUCGACGGUGAUCUUGACCUCUUUAAGUGCCAGUCGCUGACGGCAACAGAUUUGCUCGUCUUUAGCAACCUCCAGCGCGUCACUGGUCUUUUUCGUGUCAUGGAUAACCCCUUGCUGACCAACAUUGAUGCGUUUGCGAGCCUGACCAUGGUGGAUGGUGACCUUCGCAUCACCGGCAACGCCAAUUUGAGCAACAUUAACGGCUUGAGCAAUGUAGCGAGCAUCGGCCACGAUCUCAUCAUCACCUUCAACUCCAAACUGACAAAUGUCGAUGGCCUCAGCAGCAUUACCACUGUUCCCAACUACCUUUACUUUUACAAUAAUGCCAUGUUGGCCAAUCUGGACGGUCUUAGUCAUCUCGUUGCCAUCCAUGACAUGACCAUUAAUUACAAUAGCGCUCUGACUCAAAUUAGAGGCCUGCGCAACAUUGCAAAUGUCACCGGCGAUCUCGUCAUUGCCUCGAACUCGGUUUUAACCAACCUCAAUGGCUUCAACAGCCUCACUGCCGUCGGCUCGACUCUUUCAAUCCAGUAUAAUGCCAUGUUGUCUGAUAUCAAUGGACUCAGCGGCUUAACAUCCGUAGCUGAAUACGUUCGUGUUUGCUCCAAUGCGAUUCUCGACGUUUCAAGUGUGCCCAGUGUCCUGCACACGCUUGGCACUUGUCAAAAGAUAUCCAGCUCCCCGUGUACCACUUGCCCAUAACGGCUGCUCUGUGCACUGUCGGCCGCACUACACCAGACAGCGAGCAUGGUGACUGUUUCGCUCAGCCUCUUGCCUCUUGUCAAGUUGUCUGCCGACGUCUGCCCUGAUCUGGUCUCCAAUUUUUAUUCCAUCCUUCUCUGUCUUUGUCUUUGAAGCUUCGGCCUAUGUCUUUGUCUGCGUCUUCAGCUCCGGCUCACACCCUAUUCUUCCAUCUAUUCCUCUUCAUGUUACAAGUGCUUUCAUUUGCAUUCUUCUUGUACGCCAUUUGUAAUUUACUUCAACCUUC